GUCACCAAAGGAGCGUGUGAGGUCUGCGCUGUUGGCUGAUCCUUCCAGAGGCCCCCACCGUUGGUCACUUGCACUGGUCUCCUAGCCUCAUACUGUUUCUCGUUGACGUCUUCCAUUUCAGCCAUUACCCUGUCAAAUGCCAGGCUUAAGUAAAACAUGUUUGCUCUUCACUCCCUUCGUCUCAGCGUCUGCUCUCCUAAAGUGUUCUUCCGCACUCUAAUCUCUCAUUCUCUUUUCUGCAAAAUACUGUUUUCCAGCCAUGAAAGUUUCUGGCCCUCUUUCAGACUUUCAAUUACCUACUGUUGAUCCUACAGGAUGCCUUGGGUUGAUUUCUAGGGCAACCAGAAGUAGUCACAAGCCUUUUUAUGUGUCAUCACUAUCCUAGAUUGAGACUACUGUGAGGUGGUAGGUGAAGGCAUUGUCCGGUUGUCAGGGAGACAAGACUAGAAAACUGAAAAGCCUGGCUGCUUCCUACUCUGUACUGAGCGUGCCAUUUUGUUUCAUUUAACAGGCGCUUACUUGAUUUAAAAUGAGAGCUUAUCUUGGGAAGGACUUGGGAAUAAUCGAAUCUGUCUUAAUAUGCAAAAUGAAUGAUGUCUGUCUUAAUAACAUGGUACUGAGAUCUCGUAAGGAGCCUGCAAGUAAGGAGCUGGAGCAGCUAAGGGAGCUAGAGAAGCUUAGCGGGACCCUGAAAACCUGCUGCAUACCACAUAGCUUUUCCUUAGGGUUUUUUCGUCCCCACUGUACGAGGCACAGGUGAUGCUUAGCAAUGUAACAGGUCUCUGUGCCACCAAGAAGCCACUUCAGUUUAGGCAACAUCGGGCACGGUGGACCUGGCGGUCAAGAAUGUUGAAACGUACCUCUAGUUUACCUGUUUCUCCAAGCUUCAUGAGUUCCCUUUUUAAAACAUUGCAAAAAGAUAAUUAGCUUUAUUGUUGACUGGGAACAAUAGAAGGGCAGACAGGCUUCAAUUAUCUAUGCACACGAGGUCAUUUUAAGGACUAUUACCUUGUCGGAAGCACUCAUUUUGUACUUUGCCUCUGACUGUUGGACUCUAGGAAAUAGUGGUUGCAAGUUGGGAGGCCCCCAGGCUGAAUUCAGCCUAUGUAAAUGUUUUGUUUGGCCUAUACAGUUAAAAGAAAUUCUUUACAAGUAACGUUUAAAAAUUAUACUUAAAAAAAAAUCUAGAUUUCUAUCUUCUUUUUUUAAGUCUUAAUUAUGGCGUCACUGGGCUUACAGUGGCACAAGGCAGCGAAGGCUCUCACCGUUUCCUUUAAAAGCGUUAUGUGCUCAAUUCAAAUACCCCCCGCCAUUCACAGAACCUGCAGCACCUGGGCCUACGGGCACUUCCGUGUGUGCUUGUUGGUUUGGAGGAAGCUAGAGUUGGCUACGUGGUGGUCAGCGACCCGCCUGACAUGGUAACUUUUAAACGGAGACCUCAGGAAAUCACUUGGAGUGAUCGCGACCUCCAUGCCUCAGUUUCCGUUUCUGUAAAAUGGGGCCGACAACACUCGGCCGUGGGAAAGACCCGGGUUCAGGACUUCCAUCCACGGCUAACGGCCCGGGAGGUCGCCGGCCCCAGCACGGCCCUGGGGCCCUGGAGCGCCCCGCGUCGGGCCUCGCUCUCCACGCCUCCCGGCCGCGGGCCCGCGCGCUCCGCAGAGGUCGGCCCCGGGGCAUCGAGAGGCGUGGCCGGCCCGCGCGGACCCCGGCGGCGGCCAUGGCCUCGCUGGUCGAGUACAAGGGACUCAGGGCCGGCUACCACUGCGGCUACUGCGACUCAGAGGAAGGCAAAGUGUCCCACGGCAUGUGGGCACAUUCCAUGACAGUACAGGACUAUCAGGAUCUUAUAGACCGAGGAUGGCGAAGAAGCGGGAAAUAUGUGUACAAACCUGUCAUGAAUCAAACAUGUUGUCCUCAGUACACAAUAAGGUGCCGAUCUUUACAGUUCCAGCCAUCAAAAUCUCACAAGAAAGUUUUGAAAAAAAUGUUGAAAUUUCUGGCUAAAGGGGAAAUUUCCCAAGGAAAUUGUGAGGAUGAACCUAUGGAGCCCACCAUGGAGGACGCUGUUGCUGGUGAUGCAUUAAUAAAUAAAUUGGAUGUACAGUGUGACCUUAAAACGUUCAAAGAGAGCUUAGAGAGUGAAGAGAAGAAUGAAGGAAAAAGCGCAAAGAAAGCAGAAUCUAAUGAAUUAAUUCGGUCACAGGAUACAGAGGAGAAGUUGGGCUCUGGUGAACCAUCACAUUCAAUUGAAGUGCACACAGUUCCCAAGCCAGGCAAAGGGGCAGAUUUGAGUAAGCCUCCAUGUCGAAAGGCGAAGGAAAUCCGGAAAGAAAGGAAGAGGCUGAAGCUCAUGCAGCAGAACCCAGCUGGGGAAUUUGAGGGCCUCCAGGCUCAUCGUGAGCCUCUGUCCCCACCAAAGGCUGCUAAGUCCAACCAGCCCAAAUCACUUGAGGAUUUAAUUUUUGAAUCUUUACCAGAGAACACAUCACACAAAUUAGAGGUGAGGUUAGUACCUGUCUCCUUUGAGGACCCAGAGUUCAAGUCGUCCUUCAGCCAGUCAUUUUCUUUAUAUGUCAAGUAUCAAAUGGCCAUACACCAGGAUCCGCCUGAUGAAUGUGGGAAGACUGAGUUCACAAGAUUCCUGUGUAGCUCACCUUUGGAGGCAGAGAAUCCCCCUAAUGGACCAGAUUGUGGCUAUGGCUCCUUUCACCAGCAGUAUUGGCUCGAUGGAAAGAUCAUUGCUGUGGGGGUGAUUGACAUCCUUCCAUACUGCGUCUCGUCAGUGUAUUUGUACUACGACCCAGAUUAUUCGUUUCUGUCUUUGGGUAUCUACUCUGCACUACGAGAAAUUGCUUUCACUAGGCAACUUCAUGAAAAAACACCUCAACUCAGCUAUUAUUAUAUGGGUUUCUACAUUCAUUCAUGUCCCAAGAUGAAAUAUAAGGGCCAUUACAGACCGUCUGAUUUGUUGUGUCCUGAGACAUACGUAUGGGUGCCCAUCGAGCAGUGCCUGCCUUCACUUGAGAACUCCAAGUAUUGCCGUUUCAACCAGGACCCAGAUGCAGUGGAUGAAGGUCGCAGUAAGGAACCUGACCGAUUGCAAGUGUUUCACAAGAAAGCCAUCAUGCCUUACGGCGUUUAUAAGAAACAACGGAAAGACCCGAGCGAGGAGGCUACUGUGCUGCAGUACGCGAGCCUGGUGGGCCAGGUGUGUGCCGAGCGGAUGCUGCUUUUCCGGAACUGAAGCCGCCCCGCCCCCUCCCUGCCCUGUCGCUCCGGGGAAGUCCCAUAACCGUCCUCAAAUCUAUUUUUUUUAUUUUGACUAUUAUAUGGCUUUUCUAAAAUACUUUGUGGCAAUGUAUUUGUGGGAAUCUCAUGGUGAAUAUAAAGAUUUUUUAAAUGCGUUAUUACCUAGGUUCAUAUUCGGGGGUUAUCAUUUUGGAAUUUUGUUUUAUGAACAAGAUAUGAUAAACUUCUCUUACUGUUAAUAUUUUAGAAAGUAAAAUUAGUGAAUCUUCAGUAAUUUAAAUUACAAUUGUGCUUCUUUGUUGUUAGAGAAACCAGGACAGACUGUUUCCUCAGAUCCAUAUAAAACAUUAGUUUGUGCUGAAAACCUUGAUUUGUACAAGAAGGUGGGAAGUUUGUUACAUCACAUAGAAAAUGUCGUCUUCAGAGAACAAAACUGGCUGUCACUCAGUGCUCAAUACUAAGUUCUGUAGAAUGUUGUCAUGUAGUUUAGAGAACUCAGAAAAAGAAAAUGCAAACAUUAAAAGGAUGUCACGUUGCCAUUGGGUGUCUGUUUACCCAGGACCGUCCAUUUCACGUCUGAUUCUUGGAAUGGUAUUUUUCCUAGAAUAAUUAUUACAAGUGCUCCAUUUUACUCUCUGAGUAUCCCAGUUAAGACCAUAAAAUGUAUGUUUGCCCUAAUAUAUUACAUUCUUUGCUCUAUUUCUCAAAA